AUGCACGUGUUGGGCACAUAUCCAAGUCCACUGAAUAACAACAAAGAAUAUCCACUGGAUAUCCUCGUGUUGUCCACAUAUUUAUGUCCACCGUAUAACUACGGAAGAUAUCCACUGAAUAUCGACGUGUUAUCCACAUAUCCAUGUCCAUCGAAUAACUACAGAGGAUAUUCACUAGAUAUUCACGUGUUGUUCACAUAUGCAUGUCCACCAAAGAACAACGAAGGAUAUCCACUGGAUAUCCAGGUGUACGCCCCAACGAGCGAGGCGCCUGAUGAAGACACGGAAGCUUUCUAUCAUCAACUGAAGGAAACGUUAUCGAUGAUCCUUGGAAAGGAGAUUGUGUUAAUCCUGAGCGAUUUUAAUGCCAAAGUAGAAGAAACAUGCUUGGAUGACCACGCCAGAUCAGCAGUUGGUCGGUUCGGGAUCGGCGUACGCAAUCAACGCGGAGAGCGGCUACUGGAUUUUGCAAUUGAUAAUGCAAACACAGUAUACAAACACCAUAUACGGCAUCUGUACACGUGGGUGUCACCAGGCAGUCGCUACAGGAACCAAAUAGACUAUGCGCUGAUCAGCUCGAGAUGGAGAUCUUCUCUCAAAGACGUAAAAACAUAUCCUGGAGCUUUUCACGCGAGGUCAUGGGUUAUGGAAGACGACAUGGGCGAGGAGGUGCACGAGAUCGAGAAGGUGCUGGAUGUAUGGAGGAGGUACUGCGAGAAGCUGUAUGCGGACCCCCACCGGCCUCUGAAUCAGAUAGAGCACCCGGAAGCACCUCCCGCAGCCCCCAUUAUAGUGGAGCCUGACAUCAUGCGCGAGGAGGUGGAGAGAGCGGUAAGUAUGCUGAAGAAGAGAAAAGCAUGCGGUUCUGACGGCAUAACGGCUGAAACUAUCCAGGCCACUGGCAACCUGGGCAUCCAGGUGCUCUGGGAUACAUGCCGCAAAAUCUGGCAAAUUCAGGAGUGGCCAAAGGAGUGGGAAGAGUCCAUCUUUGUACCGCUUCAUAAAAAAGGAUCUAUGAGGAUCUGCAGGAAUUACAGACUCAUAGCCUUAAUGUCACAUGCUAGUAAGAUCAUGUUGCACAUUCUUCACUCAAGAAUCAGAUCCUUCCUUGAUUACCAAAUACCUCAAGAACCGGCCGGUUUCGUGAAGGGAAAAGGUGCAGCUCAAGAACAGGGUAUCCUCACAGUUAUGGGUUGGGGCGGACGUCCGCCAGGGAUGUAUUCUCUUGCCGAUCCUAGUCAACGUCUAUGGAAGCAUCAUGCGGAGUGCCCUGGAUGA